GUGGAUCGGGAUUCUUGUCCUUUACACGGUUCACAAGGGGCAGUUCAGCUGUCCCGGGGGAGGAUUGCUGCACAGCUACCUGCUCGUGCUCCUGGUGCUCCUGGCGGCCAUAAUAUGUGCGUUAUCCGCUCUCGUGUACAUCAGCAUGCAAGGAACAAUUUCUAAUCCAGGCCCAAGAAAAUCACUUCCCAAACUACUUUAUACUCGCUUACUUCUCUAUUUCCCUGAAUUCAUCUGGGCUGUGGUGGGAGCUGUGUGGGUGUCAGACAGCAGUGUGCAGUGUGAGAAGACUGUGAUAAAUGUCAUCAUUGGGACAGUUAUUGCAAGUUGGGUUAUCAUCAUCUUCACCAUCAUCGGAGUUGUAAUUGUGUUUGACCCUCUUGGGGGGAAGAAGACGUUUUACCUCAGCGAUGGAGUAAGUCGGAACCUGGAGAGCAGUCAGUCAGGGCAGCUGCUCUACAACGUGAAGAGCUCUGCCACCAGGGUGUGGGAGAAGAGGAUCAGGUUGCUGUGCUGCUGCAUUGUGCAGGACGAUGACCAUCGCGUGGCUUUCACCAGCAUCGCAGAGCUGUUCCGCAACUACUUCUCAGACACUGAUCUGGUGCCAAGUGACAUAGCAGCUGGUUUGAUUCUGCUCCAUCAAGAGCAAGAUAAAAUGGAAAGUUGCCCAAAAGAGCCUGAAGAAGUCCUGUGUCAUUCUCCAUCCUCUCUCGUGACCGAUGAUUUGGAUGUGGAACUGGAGAAUGCUGCUCACUACAUGCUGUUUGCUGCAGCUGCCUAUGGCUGGCCCUACUACAUAUACACCAACCCAUUUACUGCACUCUGUAAGCUCAAUGGUGACUGUUGCGGAAAUAGACCAACAGAUUCUGAUAUAACGGGCAGUGAUCGGCAUAACUUUCACUUUGGAUCCAUCCUAAAAAUAACAGGACUGCAGUACAGAGACUUCAUUCAUAUCAGUUUUCAUAACAAGAUCUAUGAGAUUCCAUUUUUUGUUGCUUUGGAUCACAAAAAGGAAGCUAUUGUGGUUGCAGUGAGAGGAACCUUGUCAUUUGAGGACAUUCUCACCGAUCUCUCAGCAGACUGCGAAGACCUGACGCUGGAGGAGGUUCUGGAGAAUGGCUUUGUGCAUAAGGGAAUAACUCAAGCUGCAAAUUACAUCUAUCGAAAACUAAUAAAUGAUGGAAUUCUAAACCAGGCAUUCACAAUUGCUCCAGAGUAUAAACUCGUGAUAGUUGGUCACAGUUUGGGAGGGGGGACAGCGUCUAUCCUGGCCAUCAUGCUCAAGAACUCCUUCCCCACACUAAGAUGUUAUGCCUUCUCUCCUCCAGGAGGGUUGUUAAGCAAAUCACUUGCGGAUUACACUAAGCACUUCAUUGUUUCGAUCAUUGUUGGGAAGGACCUUGUUGCAAGGUUAAGUAUGCCCAACAUGGAGGAUUUAAAGAGGAGAAUAGUGAGGAUUGUGGCCAACUGCAACAGGCCCAAGUACCAGAUUUUGCUGCGUGGCUGUUGGUACGAAGUCUUUGGAGGAGAUCCUGAUGACUUCCCAACUGAGCUGGAUGGCAGGAACCAAGAUGCUCUGACCCAGCCACUGCUGGCUGAGGAGAGUUUAAUGGUUCAUCGAUCACCUUCGUACAAUGCCCUUGAGGAUGAGUCACACUUAAAUUCACCACCUCAGUAUCCUCAUCUGUAUCUUCCUGGAAAGAUUAUCCAUAUUGUCGAAGAAUCCAGCUCUAGGAGGUUGUGCUCUUCAGAUAUUAAAUACACAGCAAGGUGGUCAAAUGAAACAGUCUUCAGCAGCAUUUUAAUCAGUCCCAAGAUGAUCACAGACCACAUGCCAGAUGUUGUCCUCAAAGCUCUCAACAGUUUGUCUCAGGAACAUGGGUCGUGUCUUUGUCAGGCACGUGAGUACAACCCCAGUGCAGUGUAAGCUCCAGGACGAGCUCUGGGGCUCUCUGCAGGGUUCAGGUAUUCAGGACAUUCCACUUUCAUGCCUAAGUGGAUUUCAGUACUUUUCUCACAUUGCAUCAAAUGACCAAGGGUGUUGGUGCCCUUGUCUCUGCAGCGACCUGGGGGAAUGUUGCGCUGUUGAAGCACAGAUCCUGCUCCUCAGCUGAAGGUUGGGCUUUCCCAGCACAGCUCACCUGCUCCAGCUGAGCCUGUGC